ACACACCACAACAAUGUCAAGAGGAGGCGGCUGGGGCGGCGGCGGUGGAAAGAACGACCUAGGCAAAAUGGGCGGACAAGCUCUCCCUGGGAAUACGACCCAGAGCUCGAAGGAAAACUAGACACCAAGCCGAGCGAGAACCGAACCACCUUCCCACCACGAACGCCAAUUGGUAUCUCACUACCGCACUUUGCGCGCACGAAUUCACGAUGGGCCUUUCUACGCAAUCCUAGACUCCUCGGCGCGUGUACACAAGUCUGGAAAAAGAGUCCGCCGACCGCGCAUUAUGAUCCGUUCGAGUCUAUGCCGACAUAUUCGCAACGCUACACGAAGAAGAAGAAUACACUUCCAAAGCUCAGCAGCCGGCCGUUCGUAAAAUCAUUCUUCCCAGAGGAACUGUGGGCGAUUAUUGAGCCGGGGAGUGUCGCAGGGACGGAGGGACAGAGGAGAAAGGUGUUGAAUUUGAGCACGAGGACGAGGUUGGACAGAUUCGACACUGAACUCGACGACGACGAAGAUGCAGAUGCGGAUGAUGCUGGAGAUGAAGACAAAGUGGAGGGGGAAGACGAGGACAAGGAAGAGGAAGAUCCAGAUCAGUUCGACGAGGACGACGAGGACGAUAACGACGAUUAUAACGCAGAGCAGUACUUCGACGGUGGAGACGAUGACGAGUUUGGUGGAGAUGAUGGCGGUGGUGACGGGGAUGAUUAUUGA